GAGAAAACAAUAGUUACUCUGUCUACGUAUGUCAAUGAUCGCUCCGUCUUCUUCUUCUUCUUUUUAAUUAUUGGCGUUGCCCUUAUGGAUUUCGCAGAAUCCAGUGUUACGUUCAGUUUGUUUCAUAAUUUAUAGGCUCUGCUUUUUGUAUGUUGUGUAGUGAAAGCCCAAAUUAAAUUUUGAAAGUUUUACCUCGAAAAGACGUACACAACCGAUACCGAUUACCGAUGUUAGUAAAUUCUAUGACAGACAAAUCUGAAAAUGGGAUUGUUUGCAUGCCCUGACCGGAGAAAACAGAUAGUAGAUGAGCAUGACUUUCUCUUAUAGUAACGGCCUAUCUGCGCAUUUUGCACAAUUCUGGCAAUGUCAAAUGAAUAAAUUAAUUUCUACAUGUUAAACGAAAUUAAUGAAAGAUGGCGAUAAUAUCUCGUGAUUUAAUGCAUUUAUAAAUUUAUAAAAUCACGGCUUAAGAGGGCUGGUAUAAAAGGAACUUGAUGCCUUAAAAUAGGUAUUCUCUGAACUCCAAAUAAAAUAAUGUGUAAGAUAAAUAGACUUAUGUAUUUUUUUGAUAAAUAUUUAGUCAUCACAUAUUUUAUCACCAAAAGAACUAGGCUGUAUAGGCAAGCUCCUCAUGCCAUAAUUAUAAUACAAUAAACACUGUCAGUAUCAGUGUUUUGCAAAGAAUUUGUCAAAAUCUGUGAAAAUGGCACUAUUUAUGUUUUGGGUUUAGAGUAUUUUCACAUCUUUAUUUUAAUGAGAAAUAUUUUUACUACAAACAAUAUUCUGAAUUAUAAUGGCGACUCUUAUUCAAUCAUAUGAGCAACAAUACUCAGUCCUUACUGCUGAUAUAACGGCUAAAAUAGGACGUCUGAAAUCAAGCAAUGAAGAUAACAUAGACAACGACGAAGUGUUCGACGAUUGGAGCGGCGGCGCGAACGAGCAGCGACAGAAACUGCUGGACAACACUGAACGUCUGGAGCGAACCGGCAAGAACAUAUCGGAGGGGUAUCGGCUGGCCGUGGAGACGGAGCAGGUCGGCGCCGCCGUCCUGCACGAGCUGAGCGCGCAGCGGGAGACCAUCCAGCGGGCGAGGGGCAGGAUCCGGGAGACGGACGAGCAGUUGACCCGUUCCGGGCGCGUGGUGGGGCGGCUGAUGUCGCGCGCGCUGCAGCAGCGCGCCGCGCUAGCGCUGGGGGCGCUGCUGCUGGCCGCGCUGGCCGCCGCCGGCCUCUACCGCGCGGUGAGCUAGUGCAUUGUCUCUAACCGAAGGGAACGCUCCGUGACGGACACGAAAUGUGUUGAUUUUCUCAUACAGAUACAGAAGUCGACUUCCGUGCUAUAUAUGACUUCUGAACGAUAAUCAUUGUCACCAAAAAGGUUUAUGAAACGCGGGCGGGGGGAUUUCUGAAGCCGCCGAGUGUUAAUUUGUCCUUUUGUAGUGAGCUGAUGCGCUGGCCCCCGGUGAAUACAUCUCAUACGCGUUUCGAGGACAUAAAUUAACUCUGUUCUAGUUUGUUUGCCUAUCUCCGUUUGUGGAGUCCAUUUAGUAACAUAGUGCUAAAAAUUAUAAAUUGCAAUAUGUUUUUUGUUGUUAUUGACUCGAUCGUUUGCUGAAUAUGUAUUUGAUUGCUUUCGCUGUACCCAAAUGUAUGCGCGGAGUGUAUUCACUGAAAUUAUGGCCGUUUUAUAGACGGCCAACACGGUUUUGUCGUUUUACAUUCCUUUACGUUGUAAUAUAAUCAAUGUCUAUUAUAAUAAGUUCUCUUUUAUAUGUACUAAAAGACAAAAAAAGUAUUUAUUCUCAUGUUGUUUUCCAAAUAUUGGAAAUUAUGUUUAAUAGGAUUAAAAUAAAAGAAAACUAAUUUGUCUAGAUUGUCUGUGAUCUAAAUGUUUUGUUUUACCUCAACUGUACCUCACUUCUAAAGCACAUUAUAAUCUCGUCAAAUGACAACACAGCUAGAUUAAGUAAAAAAAUAAUUGAUUUUGCCAUUGAAAAAUAAUAUAUACAAAGCCGAAUGAAGCAGCUUUUUCAAAAAUAUUGUAUAGUUUUUUAUUACAUGUUAAAAGUCUGCAUCCUGCACACAAUUUGUAAUUUACUCAUUAUUUAUGUUUCUCAUCACAUCAUACAAUAAAAUGUUAUUAUAUAAAUAUGCUUUUUUACAUUAUAAUUACGAGACUGUUAUGUAGGUAAAUAUAUUUAAGUAGUUUAAAAUAAUAUUUAUUCGUUUUAAAAAGACUUGAAAAAACGUCUCAGGUACUAAGCCGGAUUUAUUCAUUAAGAGAGUGAAUAAAGUGUGACUAUAACAGU